AUGAGCAAUGCAUUCAAAGCACUGCAACAUUUACGACAAAAUCCUGGUCGUCGUCUCGACCAAGACGACUCUGACCCACAAUACGCUAGCCCUGCUCAAUCACAGCAAAGCAGAAGACUUGGUCGUACUUCAGCUGGUGAACCAAUAAACCAAAGUGGACACGUUUGGGGCUCAAUGAAGCGAAGAACAACUGACACGACUGCAACAACUAGCAAUGAUUCCAGUAUAGGCUAUGCUAUUGUUCCAGAAGUGAGUCGAACUGGAGAACGGAAUCAUGUUUCAAACGAUGCAGCAGCUUUUAUUCGAAUUUCUUCAAUUACGAUCCCUCAAGAUUCCUCAGAUCAACCAGGGAGAAUUGAGGACAAUGGAAUGGGAAAUUCAACAGAAAAUUUGCUUUUGUGGAUUCUCCUACUUGUUGUUCUAGCUGCACCGCCUCUUUUGAAUUUCAUUGCAUAUCUGGAGGUGCACAACGAGACUCGAGAAAGGGAUUAUUUCUGCUCAUCUACAGCCUCAAUUUUGUAUCACAGUGCUCCGAGGGACACGCAGCUGAAAUGCCGCUUAGCUUUACCGCUUUCGUCUUUCACAUUCUAUCAA